AUUUCAAUGGAGGCGAUAAAAUAUUCAGCAGGAAAUUUACAAAUCAUUGAUCAGCUUAAAUUGCCAUCGCAACUUGAUUACAUACAAAUAAAAAAUUGUGAAGAUGGAUGGAAUGCAAUAAAGUUUAUGCAGGUUCGAGGAGCACCUGCAAUAGCAAUUGUUGGCGGAUUGAGUUUGGCUGUUGAAAUGUAUUCUAAGGACUUUAAUUCUUUGUCUGAAUUGAAGAGUUUUGUCUCAAAUAGAAUGAAAUAUCUUAUAACAUCAAGACCCACUGCUGUCAAUCUUUUCAAUUUGGAUGCUACCCUGCAAAGCUUCAUCGAUGAGCACUCUUCAUUCACUGUUUUGGACCUAAAGCAAAACGAUUGCUUCUUACCAUUAAUUCUCCACAGGCUCCUUGAUAAACUGGAAGGUUUGUUGGCGGAUGAUAUCAAUUGUAAUAAACUUAUUGGUAAGAAUGGUUCUGAGAAUUUAAAGAGAUUGUCAACAACAAGUGUUAAUUUGCUUACUCACUGUAAUACCGGAAGUUUGGCAACUGCUAAUUAUGGAACUGCUUUAGGCAUGUUUCUAAGUCUUCAUGCCCUAGGAAAAUUGAGCCGCUGUUUUUUCACUGAAACUAGGCCUUAUAAUCAGGGAUCAAGAUUGACUGCAUAUGAAUUAACUUAUGACAAAAUACCUUGCACAAUGAUUUGUGAUUCAAUGGUUGCUGCUUUGAUGUCCCGUGAACGCAUUGAUGCGGUUGUUGUUGGAGCCGAUUGUAUUGCUGCCAAUGGAGAUACUGCCAACAAAAUUGGAACCUUUCAAAUUGCCAUCUUGGCUAAACAUUUCAAUAUACCAUUUUAUGUUGCAGCUCCUUUUACUUCAAUCAAUUUUGGACUUCCGAAUGGAAAGAAUAUUGUUAUAGAAGAAAGAUCUCAAGAAGAAAUGACCACUCUAAAUGGAGUACAGUUAUCAGUCAAAGGUUGCAUAACGUGCUGGAACCCGGCAUUCGAUGUCACACCUGGAGAGUUAAUUACUGGUGGGAUAAUAACCGAGCAUGGAGUCUUUAAAGCUUCUGAAUUAAAAAACGUGUAA